AUGCUCUCUACCGUCGGAUUGCGCAUGUCGGGCGCAGCUGCCCGCACUGCCUUGAAGCCCAUGGCCACCCAACAGAUCCGCCACUUUGGCUUGGUCUCCGAGAAGGAGGAGCAAGCCCCAGCACAGACCCGCACCAUGUCAACAGCCGUCGCAAAGUCAUACCCUGGGCCCAUCAGCCAGCCCGCUAACGCCGUCGAGUACGCUCUUUCGACUGUCGAUAAGAUCAUCAACUGGGGUCGUGAGGGUUCGAUCUGGCCCAUGACUUUCGGUUUGGCCUGCUGUGCCGUCGAGAUGAUGCACAUGGCUGCCGGACGUUAUGAUCAGGAUCGUCUCGGAAUCGUCUUCCGUGCCUCCCCUCGUCAGUCCGAUGUCAUGAUUGUCGCCGGUACCUUGACCAACAAGAUGGCUCCCGCUCUCCGCAAGGUUUACGAUCAGGUACGGCUUGGACAUGCUAUCAUGGGGCAGCGGGAUGUAAUGUCAGGAUGUUGCCAGCAGGAAGGUUCCCAGGAGCGUAAGCGUAUGCCUGAGCCUCGUUGGGUUAUUUCGAUGGGAUCGUGCGCCAACGGAGGUGGAUACUACCAUUACUCGUACUCUGUCGUCCGUGGAUGCGAUCGUAUUGUCCCCGUUGAUAUCUAUGUUCCCGGAUGCCCACCUACCUCUGAGGCAUUGCUGUACGGUGUGCUUCAGCUUCAGAAGAAGAUGCGUAGGAGCCGCGUUACCACCAUGUGGUACAGAAAGUAG